AUGCUUCGUGCUGGCAUCCGACCUUCCACCCUACUAAUUCGACGUUCGACUGCCUAUACCCGAGCAUUGAAAGCGUUGCCUUCGAGCACACCAUACCACGGCCUCCCGGAUGCUAGAGGAUCCCUCGUUCAAGAUCAGACCCGAUGGAUAACGUCUGACAGCCGGCGGCCUCAGCCAUCCGGCCAGCCGAACAAGCAAAAAGAGGCAUUCUGGCAGACAUUGCGUCGUGCAUUACGAUUUUCCAGCAUCUUCCGCGGGCAGAGUCUCAGGAAGCUCUUCCGAGAAAGCCCAGAGGAGACUGUCCUGGCUGUAUUGCUGCUUUUGGCGACGUCUGGAGCCGUCGCAUAUGCCGUCUACAUGUACUUCAACUAUUUCUAUGCCGAGCAGUUUACCAGAUACCCGCCAGACGUGGCCAAGUCUCUCCGACGCGCCCUCUACUAUAGCAACCACCAGCCGGACCCGAAGCUGGCGCUCAAGUACUACAGGCUUGCUCUCGAGCAGUGUACCGCUCAUGGCCUCGACCCCUUCUCCAACGAUGUCAUUGGGAUCAAGAUUCAGCUUGCGGCGUGGCUCGAGAAGAUGGGCAACAUUCCUGGUGCGAUUCGCGUCCUGGAUCUGGUCCUCUCAGAGAACAAGAAGUGGCUGAGCUUGGUUGAGACAAGCCCUGAGAGAUUACCAGGAGCACCUCGCCCGGGACCCAUAGUCGGAGAUGAUCAGUCGGCACAAUCGAUUACACAAGAGGACUUUGAGCAGUGGGUCAGAUCUUCUCGCGCCCGUGUGCUGCUCAAGUCCUGUCAGAUCAGCGUCAAGCUAGGGACGUUGUAUGCGGAGGAGCAUGUCUUGGACAACGACAAGUCACAUGAACACCUGAUGUGGGCUGUUGAGACGGCCCUCACAGAGUUCCAGCGAAGGGCCUCGGACGGUACCAAGGACGGCGAGGGAUCGUGGCUGACGCCCGAGGAGAUUGGUGGUGCAUUGGAGUCCCUGGGCAACAGCUACGAGAGGAAAGGGCAGUUUGACCUCGCCCUGCCACUCUUCUUCCAGGCACUUCGGCUCUGCCGAGAUCAAUGUCACCUUGCAGUAAUCAUGAACAAUCUUGCUGCAUCGUUUGCGCAACAUCCACCUCGCCCACCUUACGAAACACUAGCCGGCAUCGUUCCCGGCCAAGACGGCAAGGAAUCACCAACCCCAGCAGCCUCAGGUCAGACCUGGACACGAAAGGAACACCUCGAAUCUGCCGCGAGGUGGGCAAAAAACGCACUCAAGCACGCAAAAGAGCCCACGGGAGAGGCGCGGACUCCAGAAUGUGACCAGGCUUGUGCCGUUGCGCUUGUCAACCUUGGAGACAUUGCGAUGAUGUCUGGCGACUAUAACGUGGCUCGUCGAAAAUAUGAACGUGCCAUCCAGGUCAGCGAGGAGAACAGCUUUGCCGAGGGCGUAAAGCAGGCUCAGGCGGGGUUGGCGCGGCUUUCACAGUGA